AUGUCCUUAGUAUAAACAAACGCCCAAUAAGAUAACAUUAUUAGCCAUUACAUACAUGACAUACAUAUAAAUUUAUUGAUAAUAAACCUAAAACUCUCUCUCAGUACACUUAAUAAGAGUGAAAUUUGCCAAGCAGAUUGGUCUUGCUUAACCGCAUUUUCGCAGAAGAAGCUAUCAGGAAUCCGAAAAAUGUGAAUGACGAUUGAUAUUCAUUACUUUGAAUGAACACAAAUUUUGGGGAUGCAUGUAAAAUGGCCAGGACAUUAUACCUUAACUGGUUAUUGUACUUUCGUUUUGCUGUCUGUUUGUUUCGGAGCUAAAGACAAUUGUCCAGUUGUACCUUCAGUACAUAUUGAUGCUGCCUUGAAAAUAUGGAAUUAUCUGAGAAUCGAUGACCGACCUGUCAAAAGUGACAUGAUUAUAGCAUUAGGAAGUUAUGACGUAAGAGUUGCAGAGAGAGCAGCAGAGUUAUGGCAUGACCGGUAUGCUGAAUAUAUUCUAUUCUCUGGUAAAUCGGGAAAUUUAACAAGAGGAAAAUGGAAAAAGGCAGAAGCAGAAAUAUUUCGGGACGUUGCAAUUGGAAAAGGAGUACCAGCAAAUAGAAUUAUCAUAGAAACUAAAUCAACAAACACAGGUGAAAAUGUACGUUUCAGCUACAGAUUGCUACUCAACCGUAACGGUUUACCUAGGAACGUAAUACUUGUUCAAAAACCUUACAUGGGACGGAGAACAUUGGCAACGUUCCAAAAACAAUGGCCAGGUUCAAAAUGUAAACUUUAUGUUACGUCACCGCAAAUCCCUUUGUUGGACUAUCCAAAUAGCGAAGUGGGCGAUUUGAAUGACGUCAUUACUAUUGUUAUUGGUGACAUGCAGAGAAUAGACAGCUAUGCAAAAUUGGGUUACCAGACAUCUCAAAGAAUACCAGAUGAUGUCUGGUCCGCAUAUAACAUUCUUCACCGUAGUGGAAUGUAUAAUGGACAUCAAGUAUAAACUGAAGGGCCAAAACUGAAUUAGGACAAUCAUGGCAGAUGAUUAGAUUAAGUUAUGAAGGAUAUAUAUAUA